GCAGCGAGUGGCGGUGAAGGAGGGCCCAAUGGCGGAGCUGGUUUGAUGAUCCAUCGCCACCAGUGGGGGUCUGUUUGUUAGUUUCUCAUGAGAAGACUGACUCUGAGCCGCAAUCCCGACGAGCGCCACAGUUGUGGGUCAGUGUCGUUCUAGUGUCCAAGUGAGUGAGUGAGUGAGUGAGGAGGAGGAGGGUGGGAUUGAUCUCGACGUGAACCGCAGGUUGUUGUCGUCGUCAUCGUCGAAGGAUCAGGUAGUUGCAUUGCCAGGCAAGAGAGAGCGAUAGUUAGCCAUGGCUAUGGCCACCGCUGUGCCGUGGACAGGUAGAGUAGUAGUGGUAGUUCCCAGUGGGUUGAUUCCUUGUGGGAAUCGUGGUGACUCUUCGAUCGGUCCGAGAUUGGGAGCCAUUCCAGAGACCGGCGCUUCCUGUGCUCUGCCUGCGCUCCGGCUGCAGUGUUGUCGCUGGAGCAGUGACCUGGUGGCCGCGAUGAGCAGCUCGCAGAACGGGAGUUUUUCUUUCAGGAGGAUUCGGGGGGCGAUGGUUGUGGCUAAGGCCGUGAUAGGACAGGCGGAGGAGGAGGAGCAGCAGGCAGCUGGUGUUGAUGUGAAGGUUUUUCUGGAGGAUUUGAAAUCAGUUGGACGGGUUCGGUUGAUCGUGAACACCGGAGUGGCCGUGUUGGAAUCCGUCACCAAUCUAGAGAAGCUCUUCUAUCACACACUUCCUGGGCGUGGAGAGUAUGCUAAUCUGAUGCUGAGGGAAGACAACGUGGAUUUUCAUCUGCUGAUCGACCAAGUUGUCUCUGCCAAGCUAGAGACUGGGAAGUCGUCCCGAGGGGACAUCCCAACGUACAUGAUACGAUUUAUUGACACAAACGAGGCUGUUGCAGCAAGCUUGCUUGUAAUGUGGAAACCCGGCACGAAUGGCGACUAUGAUGAUGGUCAGGUAGAUGGGUAUCAAAAUUUGUUGAAGAAGUAUGGUUCUGAGAUCACGUUUACUCCAAAUCAAUCGCAAUAGGAUGCACCCCAGAAUUGGAAAGAUAUGACCUGGGUAUCUGCACCCAUGUGCACACAAUAUGGGUAUGGACAUGAGUCAUUCCUACAAGCAAAACACCGUUUUUACUUACAGCUGGCAUCAGAUGUUUGCUAUCUGAUCAACUCAAUCGACUUGUAUAUUGCGCCGAGGGCGUGUUUAAAGUGCCCAAAUCGUGCUAUUGGAACCUGGUCGCCGCAGAUUCUCUUCUUCAUCGCCGUCAGUCUUGUGUCUACAACUGAUGCUGCCGUCUAUUCGAAGAACGAUAAUCAUGACUGGUUAGUUAUUAAAUUGCUAUUAAAAAUAUCUUAUCAUUGUUGAAAGAUCUCUGACUGUGAGUUGUGAUUUAAAUAUGGAAGGUAUCACUUCAACUCAUGGCCUUCGGUACAAGUGUUCAACAUAACUUCACUUCGUACUUGCCAAUUAACGCCGAAUGUCAGAAGACAUUGCAAAUUUGGUGUAUUUUACUGA